GGUCGGGUUCAGUUUAUUCACACCUCUCGCUCUCUCAGGCACCGCCGCCACUGCUCUGCGCUCGCCACCAUGUCGGGAGGCGCUGCGGCCGCAUGUCUCCCCACCCUUUUCCGCCGCUGCAAGACCACCUCUGCCCAGUACGUGGCCAGUCGAUCCAUGGACCCAACCUUUGAGAAGCUGAUGGAGGGGUACAAGCACUUCCUCAAGGUGCUCGCCGUCCAGGACCUUAUCCUCGCUUCCCCUACCGCUUCCCUCCCUCUCCCCGUCCUCUCCGCCGCCGCCCCCCGCCUUCGCUUAUCACGCGGCGCCGCCCACUUCGUCCGCACAUUCCCCCGCAUCUUCUCCCUCCUCUACGACCCCUCCGCCGCCCAGCCCCUCGUCCGCCUCACCCCCACCGCCGCCCGCAUCGCCUCUGAUGAGUCCGAUGCCGCCUCCGCCUCCGCCCCCGAUGCCGUUGACCGAUUGCGGCGGCUCCUCUGCAUGUCAUCCUCCCGAUCCCUCCCCCUCCGUGCCGUCUUCAGGGUCUGGAGAGAGCUCGGUCUCCCCGACGACUUCGAGGACUCGAUCAUCGCCCGUAACUCCACCAUCUUCGUUCUUCGCACGAACCCUAGGGAAACCAACACCCAUCUCCUCGAGUUCGUCGACCAAUCUCAAACCCCCAAAUUUACCCCGGUGGUGGAUGCUUGGCGGUGCCAGGAGCGGAACCAAGCAGACGAGGCAGAGUUGAAGUUCGCAUUCAAGCAAGGGUUUCCUCCCGGGAUGCGGCUGACCAAAAAUUACCGCGCCAGAGUGAAGGAGUGGCAGCGAUUGCCGUACGCGGGGCCGUACGACGUCGGUGGUGGCGGAAGCGCAAGGUCGAAAGCUGGAAUGCGGGCGCUGGAGAAGAGGGCGGUGGGGAUCGCGCACGAGUUCUUGAGCUUGACGGUGGAGAAGAUGGUGGAGGUAGAGAAGAUUAGCCACUUCAGGAAGUGGUUCGGGGUUGAUCUCAACAUAAGGGACCUGUUCCUGGACCACCCUGGGAUGUUCUACCUCUCGACGAAGGGGAAGCGGCACACGGUGUUCCUCAGGGAGGCUUAUGACAAGGGGAGGUUGAUCGAUCCGAAUCCAAUUUACGAGGCGAGAAGGAGGCUUCUUGAGCUCGUGCUAAUGCGCCGCCGAGGAAUGGGUGCUGAUUCAGCGGGAAGGAGGCCAUCAAGAUCCGAAGAGGACGUAGAAGUUGACAUGGAAGAAGGGUGUUCUUCAGAUUCAGAUACUCGAUAUGAUUUUGGAGAGUAGUGAACACAUCAGAUCUCCCGAAUCUGUGUGAUUAAAUCUGGAUUUUCUGAUGCAUGUUCAUAUCAUGCAAUAUCAUGAAGAGCUUUAAGAGGUUUCCUUCCUCCCAAGUCAAAGCAAAGGAGAGGGAGAGGCCAUGGCGAUGGCACCUUGGUUUCCUGCGGGUAUGGACAGAGGACGAAGCAUUGCUGGCGGAUAUAUGAAAUCUUUGAUUUGAGUGGGCUCUUCCACCGCAUCAGAAAAGUUCCUUCAAGCCCAAAUCCCUGUAAUUACCUGUCCAUAUUUUUUUAUAUAUUAUUUCAAAGGAGGCAAAUGUCCGGUGGAGGAAAAAAAAGGGAGAAGGAGAAGAAGGAAGACGAGAAGAAGUGAUUUGGGCUUAGGGUUUUGGCUCAAUUCCUAUCGAAUUCUUUUUAGGCAAGUGUUCUAACAUCUUUCUAUAGUAAUUUUGAUUCUUGAUUUCA